AUGAUGGGAUACAUCGAGCUCGGCUUAUCUAUCGAAAAACUCAAGAGCCGGAUCGAUGAGUUCGAGGAAAACAUCCCGCGCAAGCAAUGGAUACUGUUGAAAUCAGAUGUCACAGCCUCACAAGGACUAUGCAAUAACCUGACACAUCCCAUCCGGGAUAUUUACCAUGAUGACUGCAUGGAUCGCUACGAGAGGGAAAUGGAUGAGGCGCAUGAUCAUCAGGGGCCCAACAGUGAAGUGGAAGCCAGAGGUAUGCGUGAAUACAUGCAUACUUUAGGCAAUACUAUUGACGAGGCCUUCUAUGAAUGGGCAUGCAUAAGUUUGUCCAUCUUCAAGCUCGGGCACCACACCCAGAACACAUCAAUGAUGACGGGCUCAAAGAGGCUGAGAAUUGAACUAGACGGCCUCCUAAAGUGCAAAAAGCGAUUUAAUGAGGACCCAGAAGUGCUAAUGGUUCUGAAAAAGAAGACAUCUACGUCAAAAGACGAACUUGAAUCUUUUACAAAAAUUGCGAAGAAGCACAGCUGCUACGACGAGGAUGCAAACGCCGAUCAAAAGGCGGUACUGAAGCUGGAACGGCAGCGACCGAUGCAAGACGAUGAAAUGUGCUACGCCAGGACGCAUUUGGACCUUGGCAGCUAUACACCCGUAGCUCUGGAGCGUGUCAUCGAUGCCAUCAUCUUCAAGUAUGCCCCGGAUACGCCAGCUUUCCUCAGUGGAAGCCAAGUGUGGCGCAACCGGAAGACAUUUCACGUUCACGUGUUUGAUAAUUGGACCCCUGGCGAGCCCGAGAUCCAGAAACUUGCCGAAAACCGGACUAUCGGCGCCUCGACGAAGGGGCCCCUGGAGGUCGUCGUCCUCUUGGGGGAGCCGAGCAGAUAUUUUUUGUUUGCCGCGCCCAGCUUCACCAAGAUUGAUCACGAAAAAUAUAUGAUGCUCAGAACCGCGACCCCGAACUUCAUCGAGCAUUUCAUCGACAAGGACGGGAAUCGCUUCUCCUACAAGCUCGAGCUACAGGCGGUGAAUGGAGAACCAGAGGUCCGCGCCGGCAACAAAUGUGAGGCACAGAACACAGGGGAAACGAGCCACGAAAAGGCAGAAGCUGAAGCCAGCCUAAGGUCCUACCGCGGCGUGAUUCUCGCCUCCAUCGGCACCGCCUUCUGCAUAUACAUAAUCCAGGUUCUUGCCUUGUGCCAACGCAUUAGAGCCUUGUUUUGUCCG